UCUUUAUAUUAGCGACCAGUACUGUUCAAGCUUCAGGUUGACUUUUCGAAAUAGGUACUACAUACAAACACGAGUGCGAAAUUUUUCAUUUUCGUUGGUCAGUUUUAAAAAAGUUUAUUUUAUUUUUUAGUUUAAUUUUUUUUUUAAUACGAAACGAAGGAUAAAAAUUUUCGCAAAAAUUUACAUCGAUAGAUACCCAGAGCUCAAUAAUAAUCCACAAAAUGGAUAAUAACAUGAAAAUAAUAGUCGCCACGAUUGUAACUUUAUACUUUAUGCUAAUGGUAUCAGCAAAUUGCGCAGAACCAGAAAUGUUACUCACAGAUAUUUUUUCCUCAGAAGAUAAAGAUAGACCAUUCGAAUCACCAAAUGAGUUACGAUCUCAUUUAAACAAUUUGAGCCAUUUUUAUGCAGUCGUAGGAAGACCUAGGUUUGGAAAAAGAACUCAAAGCAGAGAUUCGGUGUACGUAAAAACUUUACAGGAUUAUUUACUGCAGAAAUAUCGUGAUCGGUUACCGGUUUUAACGAAUUCUGAAAACUCUGAUUAUGCUUAUUAAUUAUUAUUAUAAUUUUGAUAUGUUUUCGUUUAUGUAAAAAUUAAAGCAAUAAAAUGUUUCGAUUUAAUUACAUAAUAUAUAUUGCAUAACAAGAUCGAUUAAAAAUUUACGUUUUUAAACAAUUUUUUUUUGCUACUCACAAAAUUAAAAAUUUAUCUACCCAGUUUAUAUAAUUUUCUUUGAUUGUAAAUUUUACUACUUAUACCUAUUUGUUUUGCCGUUAAAACUAAAAAACCACUCGUGAUUGUAAAUUGAAAUUUCAAAUAUAAUACUUAUUCAACUUUCAAACAAAUAAUUUGUAGGUAGAUAGAUAUCUUAUCUACAGUUUAUUUUAUUAAAAAAUGAUGGAUUUUCUUUGAACAUACCUAUAAGUAAGUACUCAAGGGCGGCGUAUUGUGUGGGGACCCUUAUACCCUUUCGACGUUCGAAAAGUAGGGAUAGGGAAGCAUACGUACACAAUUGAAUUUCAUAUAGUUUUGUGUUUAAGGUUUUCUAUUCAAAAAAUAUUUUUGAAUUCGUGUUUGAUUUUUUUUGUUUGUUUAAAUUGCAAAAUUUUAGAUAAAUGUAGUGAGAAAUUGCGCAGCAAAAGGAGUAAGUACUCUACUCUCUUCCCUUGGAGGAUGAAAAGUUAUAGGAACACAAUAAUAAGUUUUAGAAUAUAUUUUUUCAGAAAUGUCCUACUACCCUAUGCAAAAUAAAUUCAUUGUAAUGACAAAAUGUGCUACAUUAGUAUAGAUAUAGCAUUAUAAAAAUCGUAAGCUAAGGCAUUACGGAAGUGCAUAUAUACGAGUACAUACAAUAAAAGCAUGGAAAAAAUUAGGUGGGCUAUGUAUUUAAAAUUUUCAGAGGAAUAUAAGUAGGUACCUAUUAAAAAAUGAAACAAACAGUUGUUAUAUU